CCAACAAGCUUCAAUUGUAUCUUUUUCUUAAAUUGUAUCACUCAUUUCAUAUUAAAACCUACUAUUAGUAUUUAACAGUGAUUAAUUAUCAAUAAAAUUUAUUUUUUCUAUACUAAAGCAAAUAUGAGUACAGUUAGUUCAUUAAAGCGAUCAUUAACAGUGCCAAUUGACCCUCUAAAAUUGUUGGUUUGCAAAAAUUGCAGAAAAGAUAAUGUUGUUUUGAACCUAAAAACCUGUGGAUGCCUUUUCUGUGACUCUUGUGACGGUGAUUCUCGCGAUAAAUGUACUUCUUGCCGAUCUAACGUCGAUCCAAAGAUAAAGUUGUCAUUCACGAAGAAUCCAAGAUGCAAGUAUUAUGAACACAGCAAGUGCUAUAAUAUUGCCGAAUACAAGUGUAAAUGUAUUCAAAACUUUGUCUGUGGUUCAUGCCUUAACUCCACUCACAAGAAAAAGGUGCGCGGAUCUUGUGUUCCUGAAAUACUAACCCGCGAAAUUACCACUAAUGAUGAACUAUGUCAAUUGUGCAAAGAAUUUUAUGCCGAAUUUAGAAUGACUUCACGACCGUAUUCAAAAAUUUGUUUGGAUUGUAAAACAAAUAAUAAUGCUGUAUGUAAUCCAAUUGAAGAAACCUCUGUUGCCACAGAUUGGAAUCAAUUUUAUCGAGAAUAUGAACAAUCAAUCAAGAAUGUGUCAAGUAAAAUUAAAAAGAUUGAAGAUGAACUAGAAUCAAGCAGUUUAGCUCGUGAAGAAGAGAUAGAAAAAUGCAAAGAUGCAAUAUCUGAAAUACAGAAAUGUUUGGACAAAUAUACUAUUCAAUAUGAUGUACACAUUUUUUCACUUAAUAAGCAACUUGAAGAUUUCAAAAAGAUUUCAAACAUUUUGAAGCCGAAUGGUAAAGUUAAAACCAUUCUGGAUCUACUCAAAAACAAACAAUUGACCUUACAUGGAGAACAAGGAAAAGAGCAAAUAAUUAAUUUGUUGAACUAUUAUCGAGAAAAAAAUGACAACAAUCCUCGGUAUCCGGUAACUGAACAAAUCAAGACAUUUUCUAUACAAAACGAUUCAAGUAGCCAACAUAUUUUAAAGUUCCCAUUGCCUUCCACACCCAUUUCAACUGCUUCAACGGAUUCGGUAGUAAGUGUCCAAGAAAUUAUCGACAAUGGAGUCAAGCCGUUUGUUAUCUUGGUUGAAAAACCAUCUACAGUAAAUAAGCGUAAAAAAAUAAUCAAAGAUAUUGAGAAGCAUCAAGAUAAAUGGGUACGCAAAGAAAGUUUUUCUGUCAACUCUAAAGUGAUUAUAUUUGAUGCUGAUGCGAUUUCCAGUCCUAGAUACAAGAGGGCUAAAAUUUUGGAACGAGGAAACAACACGUCCAAAGUCUUUCUGCUUGACUUUGGUUUUGAAAUUACAGUCGAAAAUAGUUCAAUCGGUAAAAUUAAUGAAAUCAAAAGCGAUGGAAAAAAAACUUGUUUCUUUGCGCAACUCUCGGGAAGUUUUGAUAUAAAAUGUUAUUAUGACAAGCAAAAGGAUUUGAUUUCCAAAAUUUUCCAAUUCCAAAAUGAAUAUCCUAAGGCUCAGCACUUACCUGUAAUUCCUUAGUCAGAGCGAAGUUACUUUUCAGUUUUUUGCCAAUUCAGACAUAAUUUCGAGACUGAUUGCUCAGGAUCAAGAUUGAAGUUAUUGGACUUAUAUUUUAACAUUUUUUUCUUUAGCAAAACAUUUUUUGAUCAUUAUAUCAAAUGAAUCCAACGAAAUGAUCCAAACUCAUAAAAUUCAACAAGAUAUCGAUUUAGUAUUGGUUUAGGUUUCAUUUAGUUGUGUGAUUUAUCGUUUACAUUAAUACUACGGGCAGCAAAACAUCCGCUCACAAUCGAUUUAACACUUGAAACGUAUGUAAACAAUCCGAAGUAAAACAAAUUUCAAAAAUUUUUAAUUAAAAUACUGUAAAAUACCCGAUUAAAGCAA